UAUAAAUAAAAUAUUUUUUUUAAAAUAGAUUUAUAUAUGAUACCAUAUAAUGUCUUCAAAAAGAUUGGCAGAGGCGCAUACCAGUGGACCUCCAUCAAAAAAAUCUUUUCUGCUUUCUGAACCAAUUAAUCUUGGACCUGUAUCAACUGAAGAAGAGUUAGAUAUAAAAGUUCUAAAGAUCCAAAACAAGAAUCUUUUUUCACGGUUAGAAGAAAAAAAUUCUCAAGAAGAUGAGUUUAAAGUGCGUUUUUCAAAACUUGAAAGACUUCGAGAAAAUGAUCAUAACAUCAUAUCUGCAAUGAAUUUGGCAUGGAAUCAGUUAAAUGAAGAUAUUAUCUUAAUGGUACAGCGAUUCCAGGAAACCAGUGAAGAUGAUACAUACAGAAUCAAUGAAACAACCACUGCUUUUCUUGAAAAACUUUCCAACAGAACAACAAAAGGUAUAAGUGAGGAAUUGGAAAAAAGACUAAUCCACUCAAAAGAAAUAACAAAAAAGUUUAUUCUUGCUUUGGAUGGGGUUCUUUCUCGUAAAGAUAAGCUGACACAGACAAUCGAUAGAUGCACCAAAAAAAAGGAAAAAUUGGAACAUGAAGAUAAAAGUGAAAUCUCUGAGAAUCAAGUAGAACAAGACUUUCCUGAUGUUUCAACAAUUGAUUUGGAAAUCAGGCAAGAAAAUUCAAUUUUAAGAACAGAAAACAAAAGAUUGCAUGAUGCAUAUACCUCACUUCAUGAAAAGUAUCACCAAACUUCAACUGAGUUUUUAAUUCUAAAAGAUCAGCAUGCUUCUUCUCUAAAAGACAAUGCUGAAUUAAACUCAAAACAACAAGAUAUGGAGUAUGACCUACAAAAAGCAACAAAACAGUUUGAAAAACUAAUCAAAAAGCUCAAUGAAACACAUGAAAUCGCUAAAGCUGGUGCUUUCACCAAUCCAUCUGCAAAACUAGAUUGUGCUGAAAGUUUUCAAAGUGAACUGGAUUCUCGAGAUGAGUUAGCAAUGAAUAGAUUAACAGAGUUAGAAAAACUUCAAAAAGCUCAUCAAAAAUUAAUUGAAGAGCAUGAACUUUUAAAGCAACAAUUAUUUCAAAUUCCCGAUGAAGAAGUAAUCAAUUCUCCAAAGUAUAAAAUGCUAGAAAUACAGUUUACAAUGUUGUUUAAUGAUGCCCAAACGAUAAGAAAGAGCUGCGAAGAAGCUCGACGAACCAUUAUAAACAAUAAGAAUCAGCAUAUUCAACAGCUGGAAACAUUAGAGGCAGAAAACGAAAAAAUAAAAAAAAAAGUGCGUGGGGAGAUAAGUGCUCUGGAGAAGUCUUUAUUGGAUACACGCAGGGAUUUAGAACUGCUGCGUGUUGAAUACGAACAUAAUAUGCGUGCUCACGAGCAAAUUGCUCCUAUGGCAAAAGAAAUGAGACAUCUUAUUAAUAGCCUUCAAAAUAGCAAUCAACAGUUGAAAGGUGAGGUACAAAGGUGCAAAAUUAAAAUUUCUGAAGCUCAGAAGAAAAAUAAAGAGUUAGAGAAGGAUAUACCUCCAAUGGAAGAAGAUAGUACCGAAAGUUACAUAGACAGGAUUGAAACAAUGUGUUCACCUCAUUCAGGAUCUAGUCAAUCAAGCAUGGAAGGAUUUGAGUGUGAUGAUCUGAAGGUUUUAAAAAACAAACUUAAGAGCGCUCGUGAGAAAAGAAAAGAAAUGAAACUACUUUUAGACAUGUAUAAAGGUGUUUCUAAAGAAACAAGAGAUAAAGCUGAGUUAUUAAAAAAUGAAAAAACGCUUAAAGAUAAACUAGAAAUGAUAAAGUUAAAGCUAUCUGUAGUAACUGCUGACACAGUGAAACAAGCAAGGCGAUUUGCUAAUCAAGAUCAUGAAAAAGAAUGUAAAAGAUUACAAGCUAAAAUUGAUGAACUUCAAAAGUUUAUAUCUAACACUAAACAGGAAGAAGAUGCCUUAUUAAGUGAAAUGGAGUUUACUGGUCAAGCCUUUGAAGAAAUGCAAGAACAAAGCAUACGAUUAAUGCACCAAUUAAGAGAAAAAGAUGAUACUAAUUUAAAACUUAUGUCAGAGAGAAUAAAAUCAAACCAAAUUCAAAAGCUUCUUCGGGAAGAAAAAGAUCUCCUCAAUGAAAAAUUGUUACAAAUGUCUAACCAAAUAGCAGCUUUUGAAGAAGUUGCUAAACAGUUUGAAGAACGUGAAAAAGUAUUGCAGACAACAAUUGCUAACAUGGAUAAAGAAAUUUCACUUCGUCAACAGGCUUCAGAUUGCCAUAAAAGAAAAGUAACUGAGCUCAGUGAAAAGUGUCAAGAACUUACAUUUAGAUUGGAAACAGCCUUAAAACAACUUCAGGAGGUUAAAACUAGUUUGAUUGAAAAAAGCAACCAGUUGGAGGAAGAAACUUUUAAAUAUAAUCGGAUACAAGAAGAGAAUAUAGCAUUUAAGAAAAAGUUGAAAAAGAUGGAAUAUCUUGGUGCAUCAGAUGAAAUAUUAGUUGAAGAAGUGAAAAUGUAUAAGGCAAAACUAACUUGUCCGUGCUGUAAUACCCAUGGUAAAGAUGCAAUAUUAACAAAAUGUUUUCAUGUUUUUUGCUUUGAGUGCUUAAAAACAAGAUAUGAUACAAGACAGCGCAAAUGUCCAAAGUGUAAUGCAACAUUUGGUAACAAUGAUUUCCAUAAGAUAUACAUGUAGUACAUUCUUUUAAACUUCAACACUGUUGAAUUAACAAAACGUGAUACUACAAUACGUAACACUCUAUGGUGUUUGAUAUUAAUGAUUUAAAACAAAAACCUUUGUACUGAAAUGCGUUUUCAGUAGCAUAUCAAGGCUUCUUUUUAGACGCACAAAAAUAUGCGUCU